AUGGACAAACUAACCAGAAACAAGAAAAGGAGACCAACAGGUAUAAAGCAUAGACAGGUGGUCGGCAAACUCAUUAGUCAACGGAGCCAAAUAGCAACAGGGCAACGAUUGAAAUUUCUUUUGAGAGCCACGUUUUUUAAACUUAAACUUCUUCUAACGCCACUUCUUCAAAAUAGACUCGCCCAGGCCAUGGUAUUUUGUGGAAGAGCCACACUCAAGGGGCUAAAGAGCCGCAUGUGGCUUGAGAGCCGCAGUUUGCUGACCAUGGGCAUAGAUCACAACGGCUUCUGGUUUGGGAUGGGAAGAAUGCCCUCCGGCUACUGA